GUUACAGGAUCCGACCACCAAUAGCAGUCGUAUGUUCUGUGUUGUUUUCAGUUAUUCGAUCCAUUUUCAGCUUAGAUUGCAUUUUAAAAAAUGGAGACCUCAAUUGUCAAAUCAGAUUCGAUUGUGGUUUUCAAAAGCCACAGAGUUGUACUGCCUGACGGCGUAGCUUCAGCGGCUGUUGUCACGAAAAACGGCCAGAUUGUUGCCGUAAAAGGAUAUGAUGACAGCAGGACUGCCCUAGGCAUUAAUGAUGAAUACCAUCCAAUCUCUGUAAUAGAUUUGGGGAACCUGGUCCUUUCUCCUGGUGUUGUGGAUUCUCAUGUUCAUGUAAAUGAACCUGGUAGGACUCACUGGGAAGGAUUCACUACUGCCACAAGAGCUGCUGCUGCUGGAGGUGUUACAACUAUUGUGGACAUGCCCUUGAAUUCCAUCCCUCCUACUACAACCAAAGAUAAUUUUGCUGAAAAAUUUACAGCUGCCUCUGGCAAUGUUUUUGUAGAUGUUGCAUUUUGGGGUGGCAUUAUACCUGGCAAUCAGGAUGAACUGCUUCCACUUUUGCGGGAGGGAGUGCGUGGCUUCAAAUGUUUUAUGUGUCCCAGUGGCGUUGAUGAAUUUCCCCAAGCAAAAGAAGAAGAUCUAGAAAUUGCUUUCCAGCGGCUUAAAAAUUCUUCAACAACAAUAUUAUUUCAUGCAGAGGUUGAAUGCUGUUCUGCCGUAAGCACGAACACUGAAGAAAUACCUAGUGUUUAUCAAGGUUUCUUGCAGUCUAGACCCGGUGUCAUGGAAGUGGAAGCCAUUCGUUUAGUUAUCGACUUGUGUAAACGAUACAGAGUUCAGAGUCACAUAGUGCAUCUUUCGUGUGCCGAGGCCAUUCCGCUUAUCGCCCAAGCCAAAAAAGACGGAGUACCCAUCACAGUGGAAACUUGUCCGCAUUACCUAACACUGUCGGCGGAAGAGGUUCCCGUCAAAGCAACGCAGUUUAAAUGCUGCCCGCCCAUUAGGGACAAGAGUAAUCAGGAUCUGUUGUGGUCUGGAUUGCUAGAUGGGACCAUCGAUUUGGUAGUUUCGGAUCACUCACCAGCACCACAAGACUUGAAAUGCGUCGACACUGGAGACUUUAUGAAAGCAUGGGGUGGCAUUUCAUCCUUACAGCUAGUGUUACCUCUUCUCUGGACUUUCGGACAUCCCAAAGGGUUAUCGUUGAUUGAUCUAUCUCGUUUCUUGAGCUACAAUACAGCUAAAUUAGCUCGCCUCCAUCAUCGCAAAGGAUCUAUUGCGGUGGGAAUGGAUGCAGAUUUCGUCAUCUGGAACCCCGACGAACAGAUUACAGUAACCCCUGAGAUGUUGCAUUUCCGACACAAACUGUCGCCAUAUUUGGGCAACGUGCUUAACGGCCGUGUCGUUAUGACUGUCCUAAGAGGUCAGAUCGUUUUCAACAAUGAUGCCUUCGUUUCGGAUAAACCUCAAGGAAUUCUACUGGCCGAACCGUUGGAAUGAGGUAGCAAUUAUAAUGACCACUUUCCAUUUAUUUUCAAAUUCCGUUGUUUUAGAAGUUUCUAGUUUUUUUUU